UUUCUCUCUGUCUCUGUCUUUCUUUCUCUCUAGCUCUCUCUUUCUCUUUCUCUUUCUCUUCCUUUCUCACUUCCCCCUUUUGAAGAAGUUUAUUUAGGAAAGAAAGAGAGAGAGAGAGAGAGAGAGAAAAUUAGAAAGUGAAAAAAAAAACUCUUUAAAAAAACAAAAAAUAAAUAAAGAGAAGCUGAAGAAGAUGAGGGUUGGAAGAAAGAAAGGAAGAGAGAAAGCUGGCUGAGAAGGAAAAAAAAAAAAAAAAAAAAAAGAAAGCUGAUUACUGCUUCAAAAGAUAAACAAAAGAUUAAAGCUGAGAAAGAAAACCGAAAGAAACAUCCUUUCCUUUCUCUUCUCUCCUCCCCUUUUAUUUUCUUUUCUUUGUUUAUUAGUUCUCUUAUAUUUUUGAUUUCACCAAAGGGAGAUCGCUUUGCUUCUUGGUCUUAUAUUGUAAUUUGUAUACAAACAUUAUAUUCUCAAUAUAUAUCACAAAAAAAAAAAAAAAACAAACACUUUCUUUUCAUCAUCAAACUCUCCUCCUCAUCCAUGUUACCCAAUAACUCUUCCUCCAAUUCUCUUCCUUCCUCCGAGCCCUUUUCUUCCUUAGAAAAUGGAAAUAUCAACAAAAGGAAAAGAAGGCCUGCAGGAACUCCAGAUCCAGAUGCAGAGGUAGUUUCUCUUUCGCCGAAAACAUUGCUGGAAUCGGAUCGCUAUGUCUGCGAGAUCUGUAACCAAGGGUUUCAGAGGGACCAGAACCUUCAGAUGCAUCGGAGACGGCAUAAAGUUCCAUGGAAGCUGUUGAAGAGGGAGACUCCGGUGGUGAGGAAGAGGGUUUUCGUGUGUCCGGAGCCGACAUGUUUGCACCAUGAUCCUUGUCAUGCUCUCGGAGAUCUUGUCGGGAUUAAGAAACAUUUCAGAAGAAAACACAGCAAUCACAAGCAAUGGGUUUGCGAGAAAUGCUCCAAGGGCUAUGCUGUUCAAUCGGAUUACAAAGCACAUCUCAAAACUUGUGGAACCAGAGGACAUUCUUGUGACUGUGGAAGAGUAUUCUCAAGGGUGGAGAGCUUCAUUGAACACCAAGACGCUUGCAAUCUAGGACGUCUUCGCUCAGAAUCGCAAGUACUUCAACCAGCAGCUUGUUUAUCUCGAACAGCUUCGAGUCCCAGCCCAUCAAGCGACACCAAUUUCAGCACUGCAGCAGUUCCCAAUUGGCCUGCAGCUCUUGUGAUGCCUAAACCAUCUGCAACCAAUCCGUUCUUCCGAUCAAACUCAUCGAAAAACCACCACCACCCGCAGCAGCGGUAUCAUCACAAUCUUGAUCUUCAGCUCUCGACGACCACCACGUCGAAUCCGAUUGAAAUCAUCUCGGUUUCUUCUCCCAAAAGAGAUGAGAAUCACUCAACACAAUUGCAGUUGUCGAUUGGUUCGUCGGAUUUCGGAGAGAAAAACGAAUCUAAUGUCACAAACCGGAACUCGCCGAGAGAUCAGCUGAGCAGCAGCACUACAAAUGAGAAGCCUCCAGGUGCUGCUGCUGCUUCGAGGCUUAAAGAAGAGGCUCGAGAGCAAUUAAGGCUUGCAAUGGUGGAGAAAAGCUUUGCAGAAGAAGCGAGACAACAGGCUAAAAUACAGAUCGAGCUCGCAGAGAAAGAGUUUGCGAAUGCGAAAAGGAUGAGACAGCAAGCACAAGCCGAAUUGGAUAGAGCACAGUCUCUCAAAGAGCAUGCCAUUAAGCAAAUAAACUCCACUAUUCUUCAAGUCACUUGCCAUGCUUGCAAGCAACAAUUCCAAGCGAGAAGUUUUAGUUGCAUUUCGUCGUCGGCCGCGGCGAUUAUAACCUCGGAAGGUGAAAUGUUAGAGAAUAUUGAUCAUAUUCGAAGAGAUCAUCAUCUUGGAAAAUCAUCUAACCCAUAAUACUUAUAUAAUAGGUUUUCCUCCCUCUCUCUCUAUAUAUAUUUUCCCCAUCUUUUUUUUUUAAUAUAUAUGUUAACCUUUUUGUUUCUGUAUUAUCUAUUUAUAUAACAUAUGGGUAUUUGUGAGAAUAUGAUGAUGAUCAUUAGGUUCAGAAAGUUUCCAAUGGGAGUGUUGUAAUCUUUUGCAACUUUUGUGUGAUGUUAUUAUUUGUUGAUUAAUUUGGUAAAUGAAAAAAAAAAAAAAAAACCUAUCAUAAUGGUUUGUUUUUUUGUUUGUAA